AGAUAUGCCACCGACAUGCUCAUGCCAUUCAAUCCAUUGCUUUUAGACAUGGCGGAAAUGAGUCCAGGAAAUUAAAGAAAAAACCCAAACAUGGAGCACAAGGCGCAGCUUGAGAACAUAAAAUACAGAAACUGGGUGAGGGCAGGUCUUGGUAUUAAAUAUGUAAAAGAAGGUUUGGAACCAUUCUGCGACCACCUUGUUAAUCAUCAGCAUAUUUCUAUCUUAGAUAAAGUUAAACAGAAACACAAUCUUUCGACAGUGUCAUGUGGACUUUGCGAUGUACGCACACUCCAGCCGGAUCAUGUCCAAACCAAAUUUAGGCAGUGUCCUCUCGGUCAAACUAAUUGUAACUGUCUACGCCCAGGCGGAAAAGCGUCUUGUCCCAGCAACGUGUGUGGUGCCAUAUACGAUGAAAUUAUUAAGCACCAUGCAUCCACUCCUCCUGCUCCAUAUUGGAGAAACACAGACGCACAUCAGUGGUGUACUGAACCAUGGGCUGUUGCAAAAUGUUUCAUAAAUGCUCCGGGAUAUGAACAGAAGAAAAGCGUACUUGAGAUUGACUGUUCUGGUUUGUUGCAUCUGCUGAUUAAUAACAUAGAGUUUCAUCAAUAUAUCAAGUGUGUUAUUUCAGGCAAUGAUGCUUUCUCAAGGGUGCUUCGGCAUAGAAACUCUAUAUUCCAUUCUGACAAUAUGGAACUAGAGGACACAGAUAUUACAUCAUAUAUAAAUGAUAUGAUAGAACUGCUACAAGAUGAAAAGGUAAUUAGAGAGAGGGAAGCGUCAAAACAGGCGGUCAAGAAACUGAUUGAGCUUAAGCAAGAACAGUUUAUAAUAACCACUACAGAUGAAACCGAAAUUUAUAUGGCUAAAGUCGCUGAAAAGGAAAAAAAAAAUUGAACAAGAAAUAGUUAACGCAAAAAAUGAAAUCAGAGUGGCAACUGAUAAAAGUGAACAGCAGGUAAAAAAGACAGGUUCAUUUAUUAUGGAUGAACUCGCGCAGAAAGAUGCAGAAAUGAAAAAUAUGUUUGAUGAAAAGGAAAAAGAAAUCAAAGAGAAUUUGAGGAUGACAGAAGUUAACUCAAAACAAGAACUUAAGCAGAUAGAGACGGAAAUCAAAGCUAAAUUGAAAAUGACAGAAGUGGAAGCACAAGAGAGAAUAGAUCAGAAAGGAAAAGAGAUUGAAGAAGAUUUGAACCGUAAAGGGAAAUUUUAUCAGAUAGAACAAAGACGCAGUGAAGACAGAAAGGAAGUAACAGACGAUGUAGCAAAGGUCGGUCUUUAUGAUAAGCCUCCAUCGUCUGAUUAUGAAAGAAAAAGAGAAGGUAAU